AUGUCGGAGCCGGGGCACCUGGGGGUGAAGCGGGCCGAGUCGGCGCGGCUGCGGCGGGCCGAGCAGCUGCGGCGCUGGAAGGGUUCGCUGACCGAGCUGGAGCCGGUGGGCGCCCGGGGCCGGCACCGCGGCGGGGGGGCUCCCCGCGUCCGCUUCGAAGAGGGCGCCGUGUUCCUGGCCGCCUGCUCCAGCGGGGACGCCGAGGAGGUGAAGCGCCUGCUGGCCCGCGGCGCCCGCAUCAACACGGCCAACGUGGACGGGCUGACAGCGCUGCACCAGGCCUGUAUAGACGAGAACCUGGACAUGGUGAAGUUCCUGGUAGAAAAUGGAGCCAGUGUAAACCAGCAGGAUAAUGAGGGCUGGACCCCCCUUCACGCUGUGGCAUCCUGUGGCUAUCUGAACAUAGCAGAAUACUUGCUCAGCCAUGGAGCCAACGUGGCUGCUGUGAACAGUGAAGGUGAAGUCCCAUCUGACCUUGCAGAGGAAGCAGCCAUGAAGGACCUGCUUCUGGAACAAGUAAAGAAACAAGGGGUGGACCUGGACUUGGCAAGGAAAGAGGAAGAGCAACAGAUGCUGCAGGAUGCACGGCAGUGGCUAAACAGUGGGAAGCUUGAGGAUAUAAAGCAACCUCGAUCAGGUGCUACUGCUCUUCAUGUAGCUGCAGCCAAGGGCUACUCUGAAGUCAUGAGGCUCUUGAUCCAAGCUGGGUUUAAUUUGAAUGUCCAGGACAACGAUGGCUGGACUCCACUCCAUGCUGCUGCACACUGGGGAGUGAAAGAAGCUUGCACUAUCUUGGCUGAAGCGCUUUGUGACAUGGACAUCAGGAACAAGCUGGGCCAGACACCAUUUGAUGUGGCUGAUGAGGGACUGGUUGAGCACUUGGAGAUGCUGCAGAAAAAACAGAAUGUGCUGCGCAGUGAGAAGGAGACGAGAAACAAGCUAAUUGAAGCUGACAUGAAUGGCAAACUGCAAAGUGGACUCUUCAAAAACAAAGAGAAGAUUCUUUAUGAAGAAGACACUCUGAAGUCCCGGGAACCAGAAGAGGAGAACAAGGAAUCGAGCAGUUCCAGCUCUGAGGAAGAGGAGGAAGCCGAAGAGGAUGAGGCUUCAGAAUCAGAUGCUGAAAAGGAGGCAGAGAGAAAGAAAGAGUCCUUUGCCAACCAUUCUGGUCAUGAACCCAGGACUAGCGUCACUGAGCAAAUACCACCACCAGAACAUAACUCCUUCACCGCAGCUCCUGCCAGAAAAUUCACCAGUUUGCUCAACAAAUCAGAGGAGCAAAAGGAUGAAUCUCCCUCAUCUUGGAGGCUUGGUCUACGGAAAACCGGCAGCCACAAUAUGCUAAGUGAAGCUGCUUCCCGGGAGGCACUGAGAGAGAGAGGUUCCUCCAUCUACCGCUCUUCAUCGAGUCCCCGGAUUUCUGCAUUAUUAGACAACAAAGAAAAGGAUAAGGACAGCAAAAACUACUUUGCCCCCAUAGCCCCUAGAAGACUAAGCAGUACGGGUGACAUAGAAGAAAAGGAAAACAGAGAAUCUGCUGUUAACCUGGUGAGGAGUGGCUCCUACACCCGGCAGCCGUGGAGGGAUGAACCAAAGGGAAACGAAGCCCCCCAGACUGGUGCACCUUCCACCUACGUAUCUACCUACCUGAAAAGAGCCCCAUACCGGCAACAAACUGACUCUACUGUAGAGAAAAAUACAGAGAACAUCUCUGCUAGCACUCCACUAGGUGUAAUCACAAAUCGCACUUUACUCAGCACUGCCAAUGGUGUUACAUCUGCCAACGCCACGUCAACUACUGGAACGGACUCCUCAAAUGGAGAAGCCAGGGAGCGAAGAAGGUCAUAUCUGACUCCUGUGCGGGAUGAGGAAGCAGAGUCACUAAGGAAGGCCCGAUCCAGACAGGCCCGCCAGACUCGUAGGUCUACACAGGGUGUAACACUCACAGACCUUCAGGAGGCAGAACGAACUUUCAGCCGGUCUCGAGUGGAGCGGCAAGCUCAGGAACAACAAAGUGAGAAACCUGAGAGCACUGAGGACAGCAGUGAGAGACGGGAGGAGACCCGGCCCUGGUGGAAUAGAAACCAGGAUGAGGAGUCUGUCUAUCGGCGAUUAAGGUGUCCAGCACAAACAGACAAACCCACAACACCAGUAUCUCCCUCCACGUCAGCUCCUUCUCUUUACACAAGUUCUCACCUGGCCCGGACAAGUAGAUCUCUGGACCCUGACUCUGUGAACCCAGCAGACUUCCAAAGCACGGCCACUGAGAUGGAGAAAAAUGAGUGUGAAGAUCAGGAUUUAGAUGAUAGAUCUCCAAACAAGCAGUCAAUCCGAGAGAGGCGGCGGCCAAAGGAGAGGCGAAGAGGCACUGGAAUCUCUUUCUGGACAAAAGAUGAUGACGAGGUUGAUGGGAAUGAGGAAGUGAAGGAGUCUCGGCAUGAAAGACUUUCCAGGUUGGAAUCAGCAGGUACAAGCCCUACCACCAGCGACUCGUACAGCGAUCGCGCCUCCAGCCGCUCCAGCGCUUACACCAGAAGAGAGAACCGCCUGGCUUCCCUCAGCAGUAGAACAGAGGAGGAGACUAACCGGGACUAUAAAAAACUCUAUGAGGGCGCGCUGUCUGAAAACCAAAAGCUGAAAUCAAAACUGCAGGAAGCCCAGCUGGAGCUGGCUGAUAUCAAAUCGAAACUGGAAAAAGCAGCCCAGCAGAAACAGGAAAAAACCUCUGACCGAUCGAGUAUGCUGGAAAUGGAGAAAAGGGGGAAACGAGCCCUCGAGCGGAGACUUUCUGAAAUGGAGGAGGAGAUGAAGAACCUCCACCAGCUCAAACAGAUUCACACCCUGAGGCAGAUGAAUGAGCAGCUGUUGGCCGAAAACAGGGCCUUGACCCGGGUCGUAGCCAGGCUCUCAGCAUCCACCGAGCCCCCAGAAUCAGAAGAGCUAUAGCUUCUUCCCCUCCAGUUCACCUCGCCUCCUUCCUCUAUUCCAGGCAGGUCUUUACUGUUAUUGUCUGAACUGUCCCUUGCCCCUUUUAACUCUUCAUGAAGGUGUUUGGUAAGCCUGUGGCUCAAAACACAGCAUGUGGCAAAGGGGUGGUGGGCAAAGGAUUCCCCCCCGCACACUCUUAAAAAAACCCAACCUUCCAGCAUGACAUAGUUCUGUGUUUGAACCCAGAGUUUUAGAGUACACUGCAUUUGGCUUCUCUGCUCUUUGCCCCACCUUGGAGAUGCUGGCCUCAUCGCUUUUGCAAAUAACUCAUACUCCAGGGAUGCAUUUUCCAUGUGUGGGCUUGAGAUUGGAGAGCAUCGUCCUGCGUAAAUGGAAGACUUCAACCCCUCCCCCCUUUUCUCAAAAACUCCUGAGCUGAGGACACAGUAGGGGCUGGAGUGGAUAACAAACUGCUACUCAAAACCGGAAUAUUUGUCCUCAUGCUCUCCUGGGACUCUUAAUGCUGAUAAAUGGACAUGUUACAUUGAGUCUGCCAGCACCAUCCAUUAUAUCUUAAAGUGGGAGCAUUUAUUGCAGCAUGUAAUUGAUCAUACCAGGUACUAUGAGUCGCUCUUAUUUCACCUUGGUAGAGCUGUAUCAGAAGUCAGUAGCUAGCAACUAAUACUCACUGCCUGUGACACCAGGAUUAUCUGAAGUCAGCGUUAACGUCCUGCUGGGGAGACUGUGAAUAAGCAUUACACAUCUCAAAUGAGAGAGCUGUUUAUAAAAGUCUGGCACUUAGCAGUUGAAAGCUGUGUUCUUUUUAACUUUACUUGUAUAAGGAAACCGUUUGUCCCCCUCUGUGUUUUGAAGGGCACUUGUUGACUGGGACUUUAAUGCAGCAUUUACA